AUGGAAUGGUGUGAGCAACUAUUGGGUGAGGCAAUCGGUAUAAUAGAGGAACUAGCUAAGAACAUUAACAGCUUUUUCGUUAAUUUAUCAUCAGAUUUCCAACCCCUCGAAGGCGAUCCGAACUAUCAAGCCGAAUGUACACCCGAUAUGCUUGCUGACCCGUAUAAAGCGUAUCGUGCUUUGAAGGAAGUUAAAUGUCAUAAAUCA